AGAAUGCUCGUUACAAAAUGCAGUCGGAAUUACAAAAUGGAGACUAAUGAAUAAUUUCUCGGGAACUUGCGAUUAAAAAAGCCAGAAAAUUGACCCGAGUGAAACAUAUGAACAGUUAAAGAACUUGAUUUAAACAAUGACCUCAUUACAUUUUGUCGUUCAUCCACUUCCUGGAACUGACGAACAACUGAAUGAAAGAUUAAGAGAUGUGGCGGAGAAGAUCAGUCGUCAUGGAUACACAGCUGCUGCAGCCCUUUCCUCCUUGAGAAAUAUUUCUGUGACUCAGUGUGUGAUAGGUCCACAUUAUAUAGCCUUUUUACUUGAGGAUGGGAGAGUUUGCAGAGUGCCUUUUUCUAUUCUUAAUGAAAGACUGGAUUUGAAUCAAAAAGAAAAUAUAAAGCCCAGGCCAACCAAAGCCGUCAAGACAGAACGGGCCGGGGGUUCCAGAUCCACAACCCAUGUGGUGGACAGUCCACUGGUCCUUGUAUCUGACGUCAUGGAGGGAACUGCAGAACAACCUACAGCCCGAUGGAGUACUGUUGUAUCAGGGACAACAGCCACUGCCUCUACCAGGAAUAAUAAUACCACACAGGGGUACAGGACCAUGCAGAGAACUGUACAUGUUAACAGGGGUCGGAGGUCAGGAGUCAUUGUAGGAGCUCGUCCCCUUGUACCAGCGUCUGUAGUACCUGAGGAACUUAUCAAUCAGUGUCAGGUUGUGCUACAAGGAAAGUCUAGAAAUCUUAUCAUCCGUGAACUACAAAGAACAAACUUAGACGUCAACCUUGCCGUUAAUAAUUUGCUGAGUCGAGAUGACGAAGGGGAAGGUGAUGACGACGAUAGUCAGGACUCGUACGUUCCCGACGACCUGAUCUCUCUCCUCGACAGCGGCAUGCACCCUGACCACCCAAGUGUUAUCAUUGACGGCGACGCCAUGUUUAGUGAGGACAUGUUUGGUUACUCUUCGAUACGGAGUAGAGGAUCUGGAGCUAGAUCUAGAUUAGGUGAACGGACAGACAGAGAUGCUGAUCGGGAUCGAGAACGAGAAUCUAUAUUUAGAAUUAGAGACAGGCGGCGUCUUGACACAACUUUGCGAGAUGAAGCUUUGAAGUCACUAGAGCGUGACAAGGUUGAGGGGUUUACAGCCGAUAUCACAAAGAAGUUGGCUAAUCCGAACGCGAGCCCUGUACAUCUUGGAGAGGAGCUUCAGUAUUGGGUUGAAAAGGAUGGGAAUUGCCCUAGGUUUUCUCACAUAGCUGCCAUGCAUUCGGAACUGGUUGCUGUGGGAACCAAUGGCCAGUUAUACAGCUGGAAAUGGCAUGACUUUGAACCCUACAGACAUCCAGAGAACCCCAAUAUACACCAUCCUAAGACAAUUGCCCUCUGUCUACAACACGAGAAGAUACAGGGUAUAUCUGCCUGCGGUGUUCGUGCGUCCGUAUGUACAGAGUCGGACAAGGUGGCGACCUGGGUGGACGAUACAUUGAACAUGGUGGCUUCCAAACUGGAGCACAGUGCACAGACAUUCCAGGAGUUCCUGACAGACAAGAUUGCCAGCCUUCAUACAUGUUCGCUGUAUACAUGUGCACGUCUGGAGAGUGGUGCUCUAUACUGGUGGGGGGCAAUGCCAUUUGCUCAGAGAAAGAAACUUUUAGAAAGAAACAGAUCUAAGAAAAAGAAGAAUAAGAAUUCUUCAUCGCAGAGUGACAUCAGUACAGGGUCAUUGGUAUGUUUGAGGAACUCUCCAAUGUUCCACGCAGGGGCUGUAGCAUUUACUACAGUAGAUGGCACUCCAAAAGUAGGUCAGCUGCUUGAAUCGGCAUGGUCGCUGAAUGAUACGUGUAGAUUUAAGAUCAAACCUGUUCAUAUACCGGAGAGCCGACCCGAGCGUGACUCGUCUAGUGACUCGAAGCCGGACAUGCCGCCCCCGCCAUCACCGGCAUCUUCUACAUGCAGUGAUCACAGUGGUCCAGUACUGGUAUCAUCUAGAAAGCGUAAAAAGGCACCAACCCCCAGCAAGGAGAUUGAAAAACAGAAAGAUGAAGAAAGUUGGCCAUUAAAGGAUGUGAUCUUUGUAGAGGACAUAAAAACGGUUCCAGUUGGUAAAGUGUUAAAGGUAGGCUCUCCAGUGUGA